GAUUGAAACGCUAACUAAAAGUGGAUUGUAUGUGCUGCCAUGCGUUUGUGUGCGCCGAGAUGCGUAAAAACGUACAUGUUGCUUUAGUGAACCGUAGUUUACACCACAAAUUCUCGUGUUUGUCGCGUUGUAUCAACUAACUGUUUUGAAACGUGCGUUUAUUUUGUCACAAGACCGGAAGUUGCCACGGUAGCAACACGUCCAACUUUGCUGUGGGUAUGUGCUAUAAAGUCCGGGCGCCUUGAACGCAGACCAGACUUGACAACAAGAAGUAACACAAUGGAGCCAAUAAAGCGAUCCCUCUGCAGGAUGACGGUGACGGAGCUGGAUGAGUUCCUCCGAAAACCCCCGAGCGGCGUCUCGGUGUCUACCCAGAAGUCGACCAAGCGAGUCCACAUUGACCCCGAGUCCGGCCUGCUUCUAGCCGACCCUUGUGACUCUUUGGCGGGCAACGUCGUGUUCCAGGGCUCGCUGGGAAGAAGCGUUCGAUUGACAAACCUGUGGGAGUACAGCAGCUUCCGGAAGAGUCUUGUGUCCAAAACCAUUUACCUGCUGGUGACCACUCGCCUGCCAAACUCCACAGACAUCAAGAAGCACUACGUGGUGUCAAUGGAUGGUUCCAACCCGCUGGUCCGGUGGCAGCUGGAAAGGUGUCUGGACUGGGCCAUCUCAUCCGUGGCGGGCGAGAGUUACCAGGUGGAAAUCGACCUAAAAGACACGUUGAACAAGUGGGCGGCCCGCAACUUACCCAAAGAUAACAAGACGGGCAUCAGACCCCAGUGGGCCGAUGCCUCUUUCACGCUGAAGUACCACUCUGACGCCCUCUUUGACUUCCCGUACUGGUUUGGACUUAGCAAGAGGAGGUUUAAGUUGAGACUGACCUGAGAUGGGGUGCCGCACACCCGCCCGAUUUGGCCGUCCACUUUUUACACAGAGACGACCUCUAUCAGAAGACGCCGGUACCCUCCAGGUGGAGAGAGGCGUCAGGAGGAUGUUCUCACGAAGCAAGAUGAAAGAGGAAAACCUAAGAAGGAGCUGAAAGCUUGUUACUUUUGUAGAAGCAACCCAAAAAAAAUGUAGUAUUUGUAUAUGAUGUACUUUAUUCGCUGUGAUACUGCAAUAAAAGGGAAAUACA